AGGCCGUCCAAUUUUUAGGUACUCCUGCGGCACCUCAACCUUACUCUUUUUGUUACCCUCGUAGUGACGUGUGCGUCCCAGCCAUGCAAACCCCGUCAGCACACAAGGCCAGCUAAUUUCGCGAGGCUCCUUGGCCACCAUCAACCACCACCACACAUAUUCAUCCGAACCGUUCCCAUCUGGCAUUUGGUAUGAGCUCUUCCCAAGACUCAAGGCGCGAUAAGGAGAGAGAGUUGCGCAUCAAGCACUUGUACGGCAGGACAGCAAAUAAGCCAGCGCUUCUCGGUCAUCAAUUAGAGAAAAGAAAAUACUUCGAUUCCGGGGACUUUGCUCUUGCCCAAGCCCACAGGUCUUCGAACGUCGGCAAGGUAGAGACAGGGAGCCAGCAUCCCCUGCGACGCGGUAUAUCUCACCCUAUUCUGCAGUCCCGAGCUUCAGCAAUGUCGGCGGGGAUAGUCAGAAGAACGGGCGGUGUGAUCGAGAAAUGUCGGCGGUGAUAGUCAGAAGAACGAGCGGUGUGAUCGAGAAGCUGGCCUGGUAACAUCUGGCAGUCAGCUCCAUCGAGAGGUGUCUGGUCAGGCUGCUGAUGACGGAGGGGAUGCAAAGCAAGCUGAAACUGUGUAAGGAUUUAGCGUACGUUGGCC